AUACUGAUCCCGGCUCUUGACUGGUUGCUAAUUUGCUACCUUGAAGCAUCCCAUAAUGAUGGACUCUUCUGAAUUUGGUGAAGCGGCCCCUUUCCUCAGGAAGAGUGAGAAAGAAUUGAUGAGGCUACACACCAUACCCUUUGAUGGGAAGAGGAGGUGCUGGAUUGCGGAUGAGAAGGAAGCCUACGUUGAAGCUGAGAUCAAAGGAGGCACCAGUGGAAAAUUCACUGUUGAAACGGUCGAUGGGAGGAAUCUGAUCGUCAAAGAGAAUGACAUUCAACAAAUGAACCCUCCUAAAUUUGACAUGAUUGAGGACAUAGCUAUGUUGACUCAUCUCAACGAAGCAUCUGUACUGGACAAUCUUCGCAAACGAUACUCCAACUGGAUGAUUUAUACCUAUUCGGGAUUGUUUUGUGUUGCUGUGAAUCCAUACAAGUUCCUUCCAGUCUACAAGACUGAGGUUAUUGCUGCCUACAAAGGCAAGAGACGCACCGAGGUUCCUCCUCACAUCUUUGCCAUUGCUGACAAUGCUUACAACGACAUGCUGCGCAACCGCGAGAACCAGGCCAUGCUCAUCACCGGAGAAUCCGGGGCUGGCAAGACUGUGAACACCAAACGUGUUAUUCAAUACUUCGCCACUGUAGCUGCCAUUGGGGACGCAGCCGGGAAAAAAAACCUGCCUGCAACCAGGACAGGGGGAAACUUGGAGGAUCAAGUCAUCCAGGCUAACCCUGCACUGGAAGCCUUCGGCAAUGCCAAGACCUUGAGAAAUGACAACUCAUCUCGCUUUGGUAAAUUCAUCCGAAUACAUUUUGGAACAACUGGGAAGUUGUCAUCAGCUGAUAUUGAUAUCUACCUGUUGGAGAAAUCACGAGUGAUUUUCCAACAGCCCGGAGAGAGGAGUUAUCAUAUUUUCUACCAAAUCCUGUCGGGCAGGAAACCUGAGCUGCAGGAUAUGUUGCUGGUAACAACAAAUCCAUACGACUUCCACUUCUGUUCACAAGGGGUCGUCACUGUGGACAACCUGGAUGACAGAGAAGAAUUGCUGGGAACUGAUCAAGCUAUGGAUAUCCUGGGCUUUGUUCCUGAGGAAAAACAUGGUUCCUAUAAACUGACUGGGGCAAUCAUGCACUUUGGAAACAUGAAGUUUAAGCAAAAACAGCGAGAAGAACAAGCUGAAACAGAUGGCACUGAAAGUGCUGACAAAUCUGCUUAUCUGAUGGGGCUAAGCUCCUCUGAUUUAAUCAAAGGCCUUUUACAUCCAAGAGUUAAAGUUGGAAACGAGUAUGUGACCAAAGGUCAGACUGUGGCGCAGGUUUCCUAUUCUGUGGGUGCCUUAGCCAAAGCAGUGUAUGACAGGAUGUUCAAGUGGCUGGUCACUCGCAUCAACAGAACUCUGGACACAAGGCUUCCGAGACAAUUCUUCAUCGGUGUCCUGGACAUCGCUGGGUUUGAAAUCUUUGAUUACAACAGCUUUGAACAGCUCUGCAUCAAUUUCACAAAUGAAAAACUGCAACAGUAUUUCAACCACCACAUGUUUGUCCUGGAGCAGGAAGAGUAUAAGAAGGAGGGCAUUCAGUGGGAGUUCAUUGACUUUGGACUUGAUUUACAGUCUUGCAUUGAUCUAAUAGAAAAGCCCAUGGGAAUCAUAUCCAUCCUUGAAGAGGAAUGCAUGUUUCCAAAAGCCAGUGACACAACCUUCAAAGCCAAGUUAUAUGACAAUCACCUUGGAAAAUCAGCCAACUUCCAGAGGCCAAGACCUGACAAGAAAAGGAAAUACGAGGCUCACUUCGAACUUUGCCAUUAUGCUGGUGUGGUACCGUACAAUAUUGCUGGUUGGCUGGAAAAAAACAAAGAUCCUCUGAACGAAACGGUGGUGGCAUUAUUUCAAAAAUCAUCCAACAAGCUACUUGGGAGUAUCUUUGAAAAUUAUGUCAGUUCAGACAGCAGUGAGUAUGAUGGUGACAAGAAACGAAAGAAAGGAGCAUCCUUCCAAACUGUGUCAUCCUUACAUAAGGAAAAUCUCAACAAACUCAUGACCAACCUGAAAUCAACAGCACCACAUUUUGUUCGUUGCCUCAUUCCUAAUGAAACAAAGACUCCAGGUGCUAUGGAUGCAUUCCUGGUGCUCCAUCAACUCCGUUGUAAUGGUGUCCUGGAAGGAAUCCGCAUCUGCCGCAAAGGGUUUCCAAACAGGGUGCAGUACGCUGAUUUCAAACAAAGAUAUCGUAUAUUGAACCCCAGCGCAAUUCCCGAGGAUACGUUUGUUGACAGUAGAAAAGCAGCUGAAAAGCUUCUGGACUCCCUUGACAUUGAUCACAUGCAAUACUGCUUUGGACACACCAAGGUGUUUUUCAAGGCAGGUCUACUUGGCCAACUUGAGGAGAUGCGAGAUGAAAGACUUGCAAAAAUCCUGACCAUGAUUCAGUCCAGAUCAAGAGGCAGAUUGAUGCGCAUUGAAUUUGAAAAGAUUAUACAACGAAGGGAUGCUCUGCUGGUUAUCCAGUGGAACAUUCGUGCGUUCAUGUCUGUUAAGAACUGGUCUUGGAUGAAGCUGUAUUUCAAGAUCAAGCCAUUACUGAAGUCGGCUGAAACAGAGAAAGAAAUGGCAACUUUGAAGGAGGAAUUCCUGAAACAGAAGGAAAAUUUGGAAAAGUCAGAAGCAAGGAAGAAGGAAUUAGAAGAAAAACAAGUCGCUCUUAUCCAAGACAAGAAUGACUUGUUACUUCAACUUCAAGCUGAGCAAGAUACACUGACAGAUGCAGAGGAGAGGUGUGACCUUUUGAUCAAAUCCAAAAUCCAGCUUGAAGCAAAGGCCAAAGAGCUAACAGAGCAUCUGGAAGAUGAAGAGGAAAUGAACUCGGAACUAACUGAAAAGCGGAAGCUGGAGGAUGAGAACUCGGAACUCAAGAAAGAUAUUGAUGACCUUGAAAUAACAUUGGCAAAAGUUGAAAAAGAGAAGCAUGCAACUGAAAAUAAGGUCAAAAACCUAACUGAGGAAACGGUGGUACUUGAUGAAAGCAUUAGCAAACUAACCAAGGAAAUGAAAUCUGUACAAGAAGUGUACCAACAGGUUUUGGAUGACCUACAAACAGAGGAAGAUAAAGUCAACACUCUGACGAAGGCAAAAUCGAAGCUGGAACAACAAGUAGAUGACCUUGAAGGAUCCCUUGAACAAGAAAAGAAAGUUCGAAUGGACUUGGAAAGAGCCAGGAGGAAGCUGGAAGGUGACCUAAAGUUGACCACGGACAGCCUUUUGGAUCUGGAGAGCGAUAAACAGCAAAUGGAGGAGAAGUUAAAAAAAAAAGAGUUUGAAACUAACCAGCUCAAUUCUAAAAUUGAAGAUGAGCAGGCUUUGGUCAGUCAACUUCAAAAGAAGAUCAAGGAGUUGCAGGCCCGUAUCGAGGAGCUUGAGGAAGAGUUGGAAGCAGACAGAGCAAUGAGGGCGAAGGUGGAGAAGCAGAGGUCUGAACUGUCGCGAGAGCUGGAAGAGCUGAGCGAACGAUUGGAAGAAGCGGGCGGAGCCACAUCCGCCCAGGUGGAGAUGAAUAAAAAACGAGAGGCUGAGUUUUUCAAGUUGCGUCACGACCUGGAUGAAUCCACGCUGCAGCACGAGGCGACCAUGGCAGCCUUCAGGAAGAAGCACGCUGACAGUGUGGCCGAGCUGGCCGAGCAGAUAGAGAACCUGCAGCGAGUUAAGCAGAAACUGGAGAAAGAAAAGAGCGAACUUAAGAUGGAAGUAGACGACCUGGCAUCAAACGUUGAACAAGUCACCAAGGGCAAGGUAAAUGCUGAGAAGCUGUGUCGCACCAGUGAUGAUCAACUCAGUGAAACAAAAGCCAAACUGGAUGAACUAACUUACCAGGUUAAUGACCUGACAACCCAGAAAUCUAGGCUCCUAACAGAGAAUGGGGAGGUUAUCAGGAAGCUUGAGGAGAAGGAAUCGCUCAUUAACCAGCUGUCAAGAAAAAAGCAAUCAUUCACUCAGCAGGUUGAUGAACUAAGAAGGCAAUUAGAAGAGGAAACCAAAGCUAAGAAUGCCUUAGCUCAUGGGAUGCAAGCUGCCAGGCAUGACAGCGAUCUGCUGCGUGAACAGUAUGAGGAGGAGCAAGAAGCCAAGGGGGAGCUUCAGAGAACUUUAUCCAAAGCGAAUGCUGAAGUAGCUCAAUGGAGAAACAAAUACGAAAUCGACGCUAUUCAAAGAACAGAGGAACUGGAAGAGGCAAAGAAAAAGCUGGCCUUGCGGUUACAGGAGGCUGAAGAGGCCGUGGAGGCAGCGAAUGCAAAAUGCUCAUCUUUGGAGAAAACAAAACACAAACUGCAGAGUGAGCUGGAAGAUAUGGUGGUGGACCUGGAGAGGUCAAACUCAGCAGCCGCGGCACUGGACAAAAAGCAAAGGAACUUUGACAAGAUCGUUGCCGAGUGGAAGCAGAAGUUUGAGGAAGCGCAGGUCGAGCUAGAAGGAUCUCAGAGACAGGCCCAUAGACUGACCACUGAGAUCUUCAAACUGAAGAACGCCUAUGAAGAGUCUUUGGACAACUUGGAGACGCUGAAAAGAGAGAACAAGAACCUACAAGAAGAGAUAACCGAUCUGACAGAUCAGCUGAGUGAAGGAAACAAAAAUCUGCAUGAAAUUGAAAAGGUGAAGAAGCAAUUAGAGCAGGAAAAGAUAGAGGUCCAAACAGCCCUGGAGGAGGCAGAGGCUUCUUUGGAACAUGAAAAGAGCAAGACUUUGCACAUUCAGCUGGAAUUUUCUCAAGUCAAGACUGAUUUGGAGAGAAAAGUUGCAGAGAAAGAAGAGGAAAUUGAAAACUUUAAGAGAAAUCAUCACCGUGCACUAGACGUAAUGCAGGCUGCUUUGGACGCUGAGGCGAAGAGCAGAAAUGAAGCCCUUCGACUGAAAAAGAAGAUGGAGGGCGACUUAAAUGAGAUGGAACUUCAAUUAAAUCACGCCAACAGGCAAGCCGCAGAGUCACUGAAAAAUGUUCGAUACCUUCAAGCUCAGUUAAAGGAUAUACAGCUGCAGAUGGAUGAUGUCUUGCAUCAAAAUGACGAUCUGAAGGAGCAGAUUGCAAUCACCGAUAGACGCAACAACUUGCUCCAGGCUGAGCUGGAUGAACUGCGGGCCGCUCUGGAUCAAACGGAGCGCACCCGUAAAUUAGCGGAACAGGAGUUGUUGGAGGCCACAGAACGGGCAAACCUUCUCCACUCUCAGAACACAAGCCUCAUCAAUCAGAAGAAGAAGCUGGAAAUGGACAUCAAUCAGCUGCAAACCGAGGUGGAUGAAGCCAUCCAAGAGGGCAGGAACGCUGAGGAGAAGGCGAAGAAAGCCAUCACUGAUGCUGCCAUGAUGGUAGAAGAGCUCAAGAAAGAACAAGACACAAGUGCCCACUUGGAAAGAAUGAAGAAAAACAUAGAACAAACCGUGAAGGAUCUGCAAAUGAGACUUGACGAGGCUGAACAAUUGGCGCUGAAAGGGGGAAAGAAGCAGAUCCAGAAACUGGAAUCCAGGAUCCGGGAGCUUGAAACCGAACUGGAGACUGAACAGCGAAGGAGCAGUGAUGCUCAGAAAGGUGUGCGUAAGUAUGAACGGCGCCUCAAGGAGCUCACCUAUCAGUCAGAGGAGGACAGGAAGAACUUGACAAGAAUGCAAGACCUUAUUGACAAACUGCAACUCAAAGUGAAGAGCUAUAAGCGGCAGGCAGAAGAGGCUGAGGAACAAGCCAACACUAACAUGACCAAGUACAAAAAACUGCAGCACGAGGUAGAGGAAGCUGAGGAGAGAGCCGAGGUCGCUGAAUCUCAGGUCAACAAGCUGAGAAUCAAAUCCAGGGACUGCUUUGGCAAGACUAUCAACAAAGAAUAACCCGUGGGACUUUUUCAACAUGUAAUCAAUGCAAAACUGCAGG